AUGGAGGGGAUGCCAAAGGAGGCGAUUGUGGCGAUCAAGGAGAAGGUCAGCGCGCUGGAAUCAGAAGUGGAGGCGGAACGGCAGCGGGCCAAGGUGCUCAAAGAUCAGGUUGUCGCCCUGUCCAAGGAGAAGACCAAGUCGGUGGUCAAGGAAGAAGCCAUCAAGGUCGCAGAGAAGGCCGCAGCGGCGGUCUCCGCGUGCCCCCUCGGCGAGGACCUGCACGAGAACGAGGGCCUGAUGCCACCUCACCGCCAGGAGGGCCUCCUCGCUGACGUCAGCGGGCUCAAGAUGGAGACGAUGGUGCUGGCGGACGCGGUGUACAACAAGGAGCUGAGCUGGCUCGCGUUCAACUGGCGCGUGCUCUACAUGGCGGUCAUGCCAUCGACACCGAUCUUUGAGCGCCUGCGGUUCUUGGCGAUCACAGCCCGCAACCUCGACGAGUUCUUCGGCAAGCGUGUCGGCGGUCUGAAGCGCCAGGCAGCCGCGGGAACGGCGAACCUCAUUGGGGAGCGGCGCGAGCUCAUGUGGUCGCCCAAUCAGCAACUUAAGUUCGUCACCAAGGAGGUGUCGACGAUGGUCGACGUUCAGAUCAACACGCUCCUCAAGGAUGUUUUGCCGGAGCUAGCCCAGCAGGGCAUCCGGCUGCUCGACUAUGGAGAGCUGGACCACGCGCAAAAGUCCAAGAUGCGCAAGUACUUCAAGUCGGCGCUGGAGCCCGUGCUGACGCCCCUGGCUGUGGACCCAGGCCAUCCCUUCCCCUUCAUCGGCAACAUGACCCUCAGCAUCGCAGUCACCCUCCGUGACCCGAUCGAUGAGGACACCGAAUUUGCGAUCGUCAACGUCCCCACCGGAGUGGACCGCUUCAUUCGGCUGGCACAAGACGACAACCCGGCAAUGCGCAACACGUUCGUUUGCCUGGAGCAGGUCAUCAUCCACAACCUGGGCGAGCUGUUUGGCGGCAUGCAGAUCGUCGCGGCGCACGUGUUCCGUGUGACGCGAAACGCUGACGUGGCGCGCAACGAGGAGGAGGCGGAGGACCUCUUGGAGAUGAUCACGGAUGAGAUGCGCGAGCGCAAGUUUGCGCCGUUUGUGCGGUUGGAGGUGGACUGCGAGAUGCCGGUCGACAUGCAGCAGCGCCUCACGGAGGAGCUCCAGCUGUCGCGCGACGACGUCUACCGCGUGUGCGGGCCCAUGGCGCUCGGAGAGCUCGACUCGAUACCGGUCCAGUUCGGCGGCCAGUUCGGCAUGGACUCGUCCCUCCAGUUCACGCAAUGGUCGCCGCUCACCCACACCCGCCUGGCCGGGGGCGACAUCUUUGACACCAUCCGGAGGGGCGACGUUUUGGUACACCACCCGUACCAUUCGUUCGCCACGUCGACCCAGCACUUCGUCGAGACCGCCGCGCGGGACCCGAAAGUGGUGGCGAUCAAGGCGACGCUGUACCGGACGAACAGCGACAGCCCCGUGAUCCGGGCGCUGGAGAUCGCUGCCGAGAUGGGGAAGCAGGUCGCCGUGCUGGUGGAGCUCAAGGCCCGCUUCGACGAGGCCCGCAACGUCGGCUUUGCGCAGAAGCUCGAGGACGCGGGCUGCAACGUGGCGUACGGUCUUGUGGGCCUCAAAACGCACUGCAAGUGCACCAUGGUCGUCCGCCAGGAGGAAACCGGGCUCCGCACGUACUGCCACAUCGGCACCGGCAACUACAACCCGAGGACCGCAUCGGUCUACACCGACUUCGGACUCUUCACGUGCGACCCCGCGUUGGGUCAGGACGUCGCCGAUCUGUUCAAGUACCUGACCGGAUACCAUCGCCAGAAGUCGUACCGCAAGCUGCUGGUGGCGCCGGGGACGAUGCGGCGCGAAUUUGUGCGCCUGAUUGACAGAGAGAUCGAGAACGCCCGCGCGGGCCUGCCGUCCGGCAUGGUGGUCAAGUGCAACGGGCUGGACGACCAGGUGAUGAUUGCCAAGAUCUACGAGGCCUCCAACGCGGGGGUCCACGUGGACUGCAUCGUGCGCGGCAUCUGCGGCGUGCGCGCGGGCUUCAAGGGCAUCUCCGACAACAUCCGCGUGAUCAGCAUCAUCGGACGGUUCCUGGAGCACCACCGGAUCUUCCGCUUUGAAAACGGUGGCAAGCCCGAGUACUACAUCGGCUCCGCUGAUUGGAUGACGCGCAACCUGAUGCGGCGUGUGGAGGUCGUGACACCUGUCCUCGACGAGAGCAUCAAGAAGGAGCUCCAGGAUAUCAUCGAGGCCUGCCUGUGCGACCGUGUUGGCGCCUGGGAGAUGCAACCCGACGGCCGGUACCAGCUUCUGGGCGCGGGCAAGGGCGCGCUGAUUCCUCGGGCCGUGAUCCCGAAUCCUGGCAAUAGGCUGGCCCCUCGGGCUGAGCAUAUUGGCUUCCAGGGAGCCCUUAUGGAGAUGAUUCAGCGUCAAAAAAACAAGGCAAAGAAGGUGGACUUCAAGAAGAAGGACGGCCGAGUGCAGCGGCCGCGGCGCUACGAGGUGUUUGAAGAUCACUAG